ACGGCGCCUGCGCGAGGACAGUGUUGGUCCUUUCUGCCCGUCCUUCGCGCGAUCAUGGCCGGCCGGGGGAAGCUGAUCGCCGUGCUGGGCGACGAGGACACGGUGACCGGGUUCCUGCUGGGCGGCGUGGGGGAGCUCGACAAGCACCGGCGCCCGAACUUCCUGGUGGUGGAGAAGGAAACGGCCCUGACGGAGAUCGAGGAGGCCUUUCGGAGCUUCCUGUGCCGCGAGGACAUCGGCAUUGUCCUCAUCAACCAGUUCAUUGCGGAAAUGAUUCGCCAUGCGAUUGAUGCGCACACCAAAUCCCUCCCAGCCGUGCUGGAGAUCCCCUCCAAGGAGCACCCCUACGAUGCCUCCAAAGACUCGAUCCUACGCCGUGCCAAGGGCAUGUUCACCGCUGAAGAUUUGCGAUAGGUGGCAGAGAGACCCUGCCCCCCUCCUGGGCCAGCUGUGGCUUCGUUGCUGUUCAUCCAUAAACCAUUGCUCUGCUUCCCCUUGUGUUGCCUCGUCGUCUUUCUCCUUCUGCUCGUCGUUCUGCGGAGGAGCAAGUCCGCGCUGGAGAUGUCUUCGGCCUUUUCAAGCAUCUCAGCUCUGCUCCCCACGGGGGUGCAUGCAUUUGAGUCAGGAAGCAAGAAGGGUUGGGCUGGGUGCCCAUUUCACUUUCAUCUGGGGCUCUUCGGGGAAGGCCUCCCCCCUCUCAGUAUGACCGAAGCCGGGUUCCAUUUUCUCCGGGGCCGGAAUUGUCCGGGCUGCGUUUCUGUGUCCCGCUUUGGCCUUUGCCUCUGAUGAGCAGUAGGGGCCCGUGUUCAUCAACAGAAACGUGGAUGUACUUUGGACUGACGUCCUGCUCCCCUUCAGCUGUCGCUCCGCUUUAGGCCGCAGUCCCCUCCUGCUGCUCCCUGGCCUCCCACUUCUCGCUAUGUAAGCCCUUCCCUUGAGGAGUGAAGCCAAAGUGGUGAAGGUAAAGGGGGUAUGUCUUGGCUUGGCGCCUGCAAGGUGCUGACUGGUCUCCCUUCCCUCUCUGGCAGCGCAGUACCCAAACACCUCCCUUGUCUUUGGCGUCCUGAGGAUUUGCAGCCCAGAUGAAAGGGCUCCUCUGGGCAGGCACCAUUUUUUCUUCCCCUAGAAAGGGCAUUGGCGGAGAUGUCCCGUUGACCUUUUUUUGCUAGAAGGAAGUUCCCUUUCAACCAUCGUUUUGACGAUCUGUUCCAGCCUUCGUCAGGCUGUGGCUUCACCUGGCCCACCUGGGGGAUGUUCGGGGUCUAGGCCUCCAGGCUGGGAGAGCCUCAUCCCAUUUUCACCCACACGUUGAUUAUUCCUUGAAGGCUAGAAAGUGGUAUCUAAAGGUAGCUAAUCAUGCUACCAAUCUCUGGUUACCUUGAAAGCCACCUUGUCCGUUACCCCAAAAUAAAACC